AUGACAUUGAAAAAAGUGUCAGAAACUCCUACCCAAAAAAUAAAUCGUUAUGCAAAUUCUGGUGACUACCUUAUUCAAAAAUACUUUGGAUACUCCCGUUAUAUACAACAUGCAAACCAGAUAGUUAUUCACAAAUAUGAUGGUAUGCAACAGCAUGGAGUGCCUUUGACAAAUUACAUGAAUGCGCAAUAUUUUGGCGAAAUUUCUCUUGGCACGCCACCGCAAACAUUCAGUGUAGUAUUUGAUACAGGAUCGUCGAAUUUAUGGAUUCCAUCAACCCAUUGUACUUCGAUCGCUUGCUUCCUUCAUCGUCGGUUUGAUUCAGGCAAAUCUAGUACCUUCAAACAUAACGGCACUGAAUUUGAAAUUCACUAUGCUUCUGGAAGUUUAGAAGGAAUUAUUAGUAAUGAUGUUUUACAAAUAGCGGAUAUUAAGGUUAUUGACCAGGAUUUUGGUGAAUCUGUUAAAGAACUUGGCAUAGUUUUUGUUUUUGGUCGCUUCGAUGGUAUUUUUGGACUUGGUUAUGAUAACAUUGCUAUCAAAGGCGUUGUUCCUCCUUUUUAUCAUAUAGUAAAUCGUAAACUUAUUGAUACACCGAUUUUUUCGUUUUGGCUUAAUGAUGCUGAUAAAAAUGAUACUAUUGGUGGAGAACUGAUUUUCGGUGGUUUUGAUGAAUCUCAUAUUGAUGAACCCAUUCAUUGGGUUCCAGUUAGAAGAAAGGGUUACUGGGAAAUAGAAUUAGAAAAAAUUGUUUUUGAUGGAGAAGAAGUUGAAAUGGAUGGAACUGGUGCUGCGAUUGAUACCGGAACUUCACUUAUAGCAGUACCUACUUCUGUUGCAGACUUGAUUCAUAAAGCAAUUGGUGCCAAGAAAAACUUUGCCGGUCAAUAUAUAAUUGAUUGUGACCAAGUACCAUCCUUACCUGAUUUCAGCAUGCAAUUUAAUAGCAAAUUAUUUACUUUGAAGGGCUCGGAAUAUGUUUUGAAAGUUCAAAGCCAAUGUAUUUCCGCGUUUACGGGUCUUGACAUUCCCGAACCGUUGGGUCCUAUUUGGAUAA